AUGUUGUCAUUUUUAUUUAUUUUUCUUUGUAACAUAUGUCUAAGUCAAGCAGCUAUUCUUCAAUGUGAUUAUGAAACAUUCUGUAAUGAUUUUGUUAGUGAUGACAACUGGGGUUUGACAGAUGGUCUUCAUCCUAGACCUAUCGAUCAUGAUCAUACGCAAAACACAAGUACUGGUCAUUAUCUUUUCUACUAUCGACAAAGUUCUCCAUAUUUUCAAAUGGCUGAAAUAAAAACAGUUGAGUGGUUGCAACCUUCAACUGAUCGAGCUGUACGCUUUCGAAUGUGGUAUUAUACUCCUCGUUAUUAUUUUCCAUUCAAUAUUCAAUUUGUACAAGGUGAUGAUGAACAAUUAAUACGCAUUGCAGCUGUAAUUACAGCAUUUGAUGAUAUUUCUGUCGAUUAUUGUGAUGAACCACAUCCUGUACCUCCGAAAGUUUUAUAUGAAUGUGAUUUUGAAUCUUCUUGUUCAAAUGAUUUCUUUUCAUUACCGACAUAUCCAUAUCAAUGGUCAAUCUUAACAGCAUAUGAUGCUAUUAAAAUUGAGCAUGAAGCUCCAUCCGUUGAUUAUACAUUUGGUAAUAAAUCAGGACAUUAUUCAUUAUUACCUAAUUCUAAAAUAAUUGAACGGGGCAAUGUUGGUUAUCUUCAUUUACAAAAAGAAUUUCGAAUUACUUCUAAAGAAUCUUAUUGUUUAAAUUUUCAAUAUUAUAGUUACGGACCAUUUUAUAUAAGUCAUUUAAACGUGUAUUUAUGGAACUUAGAUCAAUCUGAAACAGUUCAAAUAUUGUGGCCAAAACAAAGCUCUAUGAAAUACUCGACAUGGGGUAUUAUCAAUCUACCAAUUGGUUAUUAUUCACUUCUCUUUCGUGUGGAUAGUGCAGAUAUUGGUCCACGUUCAUUUGCUCUUGAUAAUAUUUCUAUUAUUUCAUGUGAUUAUCCUUCAACUGAGCUUAGUCCGUACAACUCUCUACUUUCUUUCUCGUGUAAUUUUGAUAAUUUGACCAUGUGUGAUAUGACUAAUGAAGAUAGAUUUUCUUCACCGACAUUUAAUUUUACCGUGUUUACGGGUGAUACAAUACCUAAUCCAGAACUUGGUCCAACUCGAGAUCAUACCACUAAUUCAUCAUCAGGUGGCUUUCUAUAUUGGAAUCGAACAUUACCAUAUGCUGCAUUAGAUUUUGGCAAGAUAUAUCCAUUGAAAACAAUUGAACAAAAUUUUGGUAUGUGUGUGAAAUUUGCUUAUUAUGUCAAAUCAUUAGCAGUUAACAAGAAUGGAACUGAUCUAUAUUUGAGUCCUGGUGGAUGUUAUGCUACUGUAUUAUGGUAUAUAACAUUAGAUGAUAGUCAAGGUUGGCAGACAGUUAUUGCACCUGUAUCAAAAGAUGCUUGUGCAGAGACAUUUUAUUUUACUGUCAAUCAACAUGAAUCAGUACCAGUGUCUGUUGCAUUCGAUGAUAUUGAAAUUGAUCAAUGUAGUUCUCUUAUUCCAACUACUACUACAAGUACAUCAACAACAACUACAACUUCUCAAAUCAAAACAACUACUACUAGUAGUAGUUCUACAAUAUCAAAACAACGAUUAGUAGUAGUAGUUCGACAAUCUCAACAACAUCCAUACCCACAUCCACUCUUACUACUACAACUCGAAAUAAUUCUCAUCGAUGUUUUUCUUUCGAUAGAUACAGUUUAA